AUGUGCAGGGAGGAACGUUUCAUGGACAAUGAGGAGAUAUGCAAACCACGCCAUGACCUGAAGCUGCUGGAGCUGGACUUAUUUUGUGAAAUGGUGUUUCCGACACCACGUUGCUGCUGUCCCUCGGUUUGCUCUGCACACGGGUACUGGAACUACUUGUCGCCAAGGAUGAAGAGCUACAACGGUGUGCUCGCCAAGGCCAUCGACAUGGGCACCAGCCACCUCGUCAAAGGCAUCGUCGUGUGCAGCAAGGCCUACGCCAGCCAGGUUCAAAGGGGAGCCAACGUGAUUAGUCCUCAAGCAGCCAGCGGCGCGAGCAAAACGCUUGGGCGACACCGGUGGAGCUGA